UUCGACGGUCGACCGACUCGACAACCUUGCCGUGCUCGCUUGCCUUGCUGAGACAACAUGCCGCCCAAGCGCGAUCUGAACAAGGCCAGCUUCGAGAACUCGGACUUCCCCAUCCUCUGCGAGACUUGCUUGGGACCGAGCCCUUACCUGCGCAUCACCAAGCAAGACUACGGCCAGGAAUGCAAAAUCUGCACACGACCGUUCACUGUCUUUCGAUGGAAUCCGGGCUCGGGCGCUCGCUUCAAGAAGACAGAAGUCUGUCAGUCCUGCGCCAAGAUCAAGAACGUCUGUCAGACUUGCCUCCUCGAUCUGGUCUACGAGCUACCUGUACAAGUGAGAGAUACAGCACUGGGCAGACUCGAAGGUGCACCUUCGACCGACAUCAAUAGACAGUACUACAUUCAGAACCUAGAGAACUCGGGCGCGCUCGACAAUGCGGCGAAAGGCGUGGCUGCCUACGGAGGCGGCAAGUCAGAUUCGGCGGCCAAGGAGCUCCUCAAAUCGCUCGCUCGACAGACGCCAGACUACAAACGCAACCGUCCUCACCUCUGCUCCUUCUUCGCAAAGGGCGAAUGCUCUCGUGGCGACGCUUGUCCAUACCGACAUGAGCUUCCACAGGCCAACGCUAUGCCAAGUCAGACCAUCCAGGAAAGAUAUGCUGGCACGAGCGAUGCCGUGGGCAGAGCUAUAUUGGCAAAAGCGGCCUCCUCGAAAGGUCUCACGCCGCCAGAAGACACGAGUGUCAUGUCGCUCUACCUGACCAGUCUACCCGAAGCCGGUCAGGUAUCGACAGACCUCAGCAGCGCACUGAAGACCUGGUUCCUCGAGCAUACCUCCGGCUUGGCGCCCGCCAGCAUCAAGAGCGUCACCGUCGUCGAAGCGAGUCAUUGCGCUUUCGUCAACUUUACCUCCAGACAGGCUGCAGAGUCUGCUGCCGCUACUGCAGGGACGAUUGGCAUCACUCUAGAGGGUCGACCGAUCAGUAUAGCUUGGGGAAGAUCCAGAGCGAAGCGAGCUCCGGCCAUCGCUGCAUAAAAUCGACACCGCUUCCAAUUGUUGUCACUACUUGUAUCGCAUGUCAACCUUAUCGACAUCGGCUUCGGCCAGUCCAGACUGCUCAUGACGCACUGCCCACAUGGCAGGAACAGUCUCUUGUCCGCCUUCCUUUUGGAACUCUCCAGACCGAACUGGUCCAGCGCUUCAAUCGUGUCCAGCGCGAACGAUUUUUUUCUCCGCUUCAUCCCAAUAUCGUCAAUAAAUGUUCUUGCCAGGCGGUAUGGCGGCGAUGCAACCCAGAGAAGACUAUCCCGUUCGAGAGAUGUUCCAGAGACCGACAGGUUUGCGAGCGACAAGAAUCCGCUCGUACGCUGAUCUGUACGCUGCCUCCGAUACAUCGGGCUCUGACGGUGAGUCACCUGCACCGCCUUCGAGACGUCGCAACACUCUCGGUGCUUCUACUUCACGUACCC